AUGAAGUUCGUCACAGCAUUGAGUCUGUUGGCCGCCGCCAGCCAGCACUGGCGCGUAGCUGGCCUGCCUCAAUUCCCUGACAACCCCGUUUGUGCUGCCGGCAUCACGUCUGUCGAGGUCCAGCCGGUGCAGUUCAUCGUCAGGCAGCCCAUCUACAUCAGUGCGUUCCUGCCGGUUAACACCGUCUUGGUCCUUGAUGAUGGCCUCACUCUCACAAUCACCAAUGCUCCCAUGACCUUGGUCACCGAAAUCGACAAGUUGGGAACCUUGACCUCCCAGGUGACUAGGAUCCUUCAACAAACCUCCUCCAUUCCCAACGCCUACGUGACCAUCACCAGAGGUGGCCAUGCUGGAUCUCUGGCAAGCACAAUCACGGUGUUUCCCUCGGGCCCGGACGGCCUUGGGACUUAUUUGGUCUUCACCCCCUUCGACAUUACUGCGCCCACAACCGGUAACGGUAUCCCCGUACCUCCGACUGCUGGAUCGCCAGCGGCUACGGUUGCUGGCGCGCCCUUCGAUGCGAGCCGUCUCGUAACUCAGUCUGCGACAACUACCGUCACAGUAGGCGGUCUUCAAGAUGAUGUGUCGCCCCGAAUCUUCAGCAUGCUUCCGGUGCCUGGCGAGUCCGUUGCGACUGUUCUCGUUGAGACUGGUAUUGGGAGUAGCAGCACGUUCAACGGGCCGUUGACUACUAGAUUCGCUCUCGAGAUUUACCCCGAGCCGGGCUGGCUGGGCACUGCGACGAUCCCACCUACUGGAAGCAAUACUCUUGGAACCGUCAUCAUCGGCGUUGCAGCAAAUUCUGAGUUGAGUGGUAUUGCCACUCCAGCUUUGACCGGGCUCCCGGGCGCAAUCCCGGGUCCUAGUCCAGCUUCGAUCCCAGUGACGAUUGCUCCCACUGGCGCCGGUGCUGGAGCUCUUCCCCAGUCGUUCACCGGGCCGUAUAGCACAGUCACUAUCGGUGGCGCCGAAGGAGUGCCUAGGAACCUUACCAUUGUGAACUCUGCCAGUUCUGAUGGCACCGUCUUUGUGCAGACUUUCGACAGCUACUCCAUCACUGUAACUGGCCCUCAGAACGUCAUUACCGUUCUUGGUAACGCUGGUGCAACACCCGCCGCCAUCACUUUGCCCGGCGCAAGAGCCUUGCUACAGACCGUCACCGACGAUGGAGCAGUGCAAAUCAUUCAAACGCCGGGAGGCGAGGCCGACUCCCUCGCCAGGCUGACGACUAUCACUGUCGGCAACGCAGACGGCCAAACUGGAGUCUUCACGCUUAUCCCUACUUCCGGUAGUGUUGGUGCCGUGGUCGUCCAGACCGCUCAACCGGCUCUCGGUGCUCUCUUCCAGACCAUCAGCGUUCCGGGAGCAACGGAGACCACGAUUUCGAUCCCAGCUCCCGAGGGAAGCACCGGCACCGUCGUCGUGCAGACUACGGAUGGCUACACCGGUCCUGCUGCCGGCCCCUUUACGACCGUCAAUGUGGGCGGCGGACAGGGCGGGACACCCGCGACCGUCACGAUUCCUCCUGCAGCCGACGACACCGACGGCCCUUUCACGGUACUUGUGCAGAGCUUGGAUCCUGCAGCAUUCACAGGACCCUUCACCACCAUCACAGCCGGCGGCAACAACGGAGAUUCUCCAGUCACGCUGUCGCUCCCCCCCACCGGAACUGGUCAGACUGGCACCGUGGUUGUUCAACCUGCCGCCACCCCCUUCACUGGUCCAUUCACAACCAUCACCACGGAUGGCAACACGGGAUCUCUCCCGGUUACUCUCACUGUAGUGCCUGCCGGCAACCCGACUUUAGGUACCGUCAUUGUUCAAACCCCGUCACAGACGGCACGGCCAGCCUUCUUCAGGACGCUGGCUGCGCUUCCUAUCGGUGGCCAGGGCGCGACGAUGACUUUGCCCGUGGGCGAUGGCUCUUCAGCUACUGGGCCUGGUACUGUCGUCGUCGCCUCUGGCUUGGGCGGGGACGACCCGGCGACGACCCAGCCCGCGGCUCUGUCCGCCAACCUUGUUACUAUUCGAGGCGACUACAAUGGUACAGACCCUUUGACUGUGACCCUGCCGUCUCAGGGAAACAACCCGGCUGCCACAGUCGUCGAGCAGCUGCCCGUUGGCUUCAGCCAGGGGCUUUCAGUCGACAACCCUGCCGCCACCCCGGCGAACCCUCCCGUCACAGACCCGGCCACCAACGCACCGGGUGCGCCGACUGCGAACCCAGUUCCCGACGGAGCUCUGCCACGUCUCACGAGUGGCUACUCUGGAUCUGUACCCACGACCGUCACCUUGCCGCCAGUUGGCACUCAGUCGCUCGGCCAGGUUUUAGUUUUGACUCCGUUGAGUGACCCUGCUGGGCCUGCUGGGCCUGCUGCCACCGGUGCUGCUGGACCGGCUGCCCCCAGGCCGUCAACACCAUCACGACCGGGUUCGCAGGAUCUCAACCUACGACGGUGA